UUCGCAUUCUUGUCGGCGUGUCAUACUGCUGUUGGCGAUGAGGAGACACCCGACGAAGUCAUUCACCUCGCAGCUGGACUCCAAUUUUCCGGGUUCAAGAGCGUCAUUGGCACGCUGUGGGUGGUCGACGACGCCGUCGCAAAACACGUUGUCGAAGCUUUCUACGAAAAUAUGUUCAAGGAUUCUGAGGAUAGUGGUGUGAUGGACUGUACGAAGGCGGCCUGGGCACUCAACCGGGCUACAAACGCCGUGAGGUCGAAAGUGCCGCUCGAGCAGAGGAUAGUUUUCAUUCAUAUUGGUGUGUAG